GAUCUGAGGGAUCUGAGGGUUCUGAGGGCUUUGAUCAGGAUAUAGUUGGAUACCCACUCGUUUUGCAAGCACUGUCAGAGAUGGCGUCUUUGGGGAGGGCAGGCGUAGGUAGACUCGCCACUUUUGUACUAUGAGCACAUGUCUUUCUGCCCCAAUCAUCAUAAUAUCCACCGAGUGUUCUACGCGUCUAGCUUGAAGACAGUAUUUUUACGCCGGUCAAAAUCGCGAUGUUCGACGGGCUCGGACAGCCUCGCUCACGCACAGUCGCCGAACCAACCAUCGACAGCGCAAUUACCGAUUUUACGAUGCAACCCUGCCAGCAUCAUCCUACACAGACCGCACACGACUCAGACUCGAACGGACGUUUAUCGAUAUAUCAUUCUCAGCAUAUCCUGUAUCGCGCGAAGAUCAUCUGGGGAUUGACUUUGCGAAUGCAGGGACGCAGCUUCGGAGGUGCUGAGGCGGUCUGGACGUAACAGCUGGUUGCGCUGGGCAACGGCAGCUCCGCUUCGUCGACUCGCAACAUGGACAAAGCCACCAUGCAAGCUGAAGAAGCUGCUGU